AUGAGUACUGGAGUUAAAUGUCACAGGUCUUGCAUUGAGGCUUUCGAAGAUCUGAAGCGUAAUAAAAAUCAUCGUUACAUUCUUUUCCAUAUUGAAAACAAACAAGAAAUAAAAGUUCUACAUCAAGCUAAUAGAAGUGCGACAUACGAAGAUUUCAAGAAUGAUUUGGUAACAGCUAUGAAUGAGGGUCAGGGUCGUUAUGCAGUUUACGACUAUGAAUGCGAAGGGAAAUUGCCCACACUAGUCUUCAUUUUGUGGGUCCCAUCAUCAUUGGAUGUGAAGAUGAGAAUGAUUUAUGCUGCUUCAAAGGAUGCCUUAAAAACAAGCCUAAUUGGUAUUAAACGUGAGCUGGAAGCAAAUGAUUUGGAAGAAAUUGAAGAAGAGGAGGUUCGAAAGAAAGCCCAAUAA